AGCAGCAGGAAAUCCAUUCAUCAUGACUGUUGCUCUGAUCUGCUUCUUUUUCCUCUCUCUGCAGAUCUCCAGCAUUCCUGCUGCAGUGAACCAGUUUACUGGAUCAGCAGGAGAAGAUUUCUCAGGACAUUGUGGCUCUUCUUUCUCUGGAAGCAGGAAGAUCUUCUGCAGGGAAAACUGUGAGGAAGGAAACGUUCUGAUAGAAACCACAAAGAAUUCAGCUGAAAACGGACGAUACGGCAUUGAAUAUGUCAAAGUUCAUGGACCAAACAUUUACAGCUUCUACGUGAAGAUCUCAGGCCUGACUGAGUCUGACUCGGGUCGGUACAGAUGUGGUUUGGGAGAAUCCUCAGUGUCCUACCAGGAUUUCACUCUCAGUGUUUCAGGAUUAGAUCAGUCAACAUCCUCCGUUUCAACUCGUUCAGCCUCGACACCAACAGAUUCAUCGAAUCUCAACUACAGUACAGAAAGUUUCACACCUUCAGCUUCCUUUGAAACCACCAAUCAGUCUGUGAGCCAUGAAGAGGAGAAAACAUCUGACGAAACGUGGCGCCUGAUGGCGGUGGCUCUGACCGGGGCUGGCAUCCUGUUAUCUGCGGCUCUGCUGGUUCUCUGCAGACGGAGGUGUCACAGACUUCUGACAGGUGUGAAAACCUCAAGAGGCUUAGACAGAAGUGACCAGAAGGACGCCGAUUAUGAAAACUCUUCAUCUGGGGAUUUGAUUUACAUGAAUGCAAAACCUGUCUGCAGGAAUAAGAAGUAGAUGUGAGACUGAGGACGACGAGAUGAGACCCGGAUUUAAACCCAGAUUCUGCUUCACGCUCUGAAGCUGCAGCCCAAUAAAACCUGGAAUGUGUCAAACUACCUGCAGAUGAAAAUGAAGGAAUGAACACGGAGAGUCAGUGAGAGAAAUGAUUUGGCUCUGAAAGGAUUUUUGGGAAUUGCUUCCAUCACUGUUUGCUGCUUCAUUGGGACUAUUUAUAUUUGCUAUUUGUUGAAAGACUUGUUUUAUUUCAGUCGUCUUGCAGUUUUUGCUCCUAAGCAGCUAACAUGAGUCCUGACUGGCUGAUACGGCAGAACAACUUCAAGAGGUCAUAGAAACAUGUGGUGACGUCACUCAGUGGGCGGCUAGCUCAUCAUCAUAAAAGACAUAGGCCAUCUUAUUUUCAGUUAAGAUGGCCGACUUCCUGUUUG